GGAAGGAGAAUACCUCUCUCUACUACUACUGCUACUACUCUACUGUAAGUAUAGCGCAGCUGAUUUCUGAAUAUAUUCCAGGUAAUUUUCACACCUGAAGUCGUGUUAAAUUAAAUCAGCGUUUUCUUAAAAAGAGUACGUGAUCACAUAAUUACACGAAAUGGCUUCGAAAGUAAAAAAGGAGGAAGUAAUAAUAAUCUUGAUAAACAUAGGCAUGAAAAAGUCUUUACUGGAUAAAGCUAAAUUCAUUACCCAAAAAAUGAUGGAAAACAUGAUAUUUACCAAACCACACAGCAAAAUUGCGGUAAUAUUAAUGAAUUCUUGUUCUACUAAGAAUGAGUUAAAUGCAGAGCACAUUGAAGAAUUUAUAGAGUUCCAAGCUCCAACUUGGGAUUGUAUAAGAAAGAUAAUCAAUUUGGAGAGUAAAGACUAUCGUUGUAAUUGGGUAGAAGCCCUUGAAGCGGCUAUACAAUAUGCAGAAAAAUACAUUGAGGAGGAGAAAAAGAUUUCUGAAAAAAAAAUUAUAUUGAUGUCUGAUUUCAAUGAAGACGAAGAUGUUAUAUCCCAAUUUAAUGCAGAAGCAAUAGCUGAUAGACUUUCUGAACAAAAAAUUGAACUGACCACAUUAACAGAUGAAUCAUUAGAUAAGAAACCAGCAAAAUCUCUGACAACUAGCGAGGUGCUUCUUAAAGAAGUCCAUAUGAAGGUCAACGCCCAAUGUACUACGUUUGACCAUGCUAUGUCGAUCAUAAGAUAUCACGUAACAACAACAAAAGGAACACCGACUUACUUCACCUUAGAAUUGGUUGAUGUAAAAAUACCAAUUGCCACUUACGUUAAAAUCAUGACAGGUAAAUUACCAAACUUGCAAAAGACCGUAGGCGACAAAAAAGUAAGCACGCAAGUGUAUUAUUUUAAUAGAACCAGAGAAUCUUUCGAGAAAGAUGAAAUUGUAGAAGGAUUUAAGUACGGUGGAACAUUUAUUCAAAUUGAAAAGAAACUACAGAUGGAAAUGACUUAUAAGAGUGGCGAAAAAAGCUAUAGAGUGCACAGUUUCAUAAACAGAGAUAAAAUUGAUUUGGAUUAUCUUUAUGUUUCUGGCAGUCAUGUCGUUGUACCGGGAAGCAAAGAACAAACCGUGAUAGAACAGUUUUAUAGCUUAGUGAAGGCGAUGCAUAACACAAAUACCGUUGCUGUUGCAAGAAGGAUAACAACCGCCAAUUCUGUACCUAGGAUGGUCGCACUAUUUCCUUGUAUGGACGUGCCUGAUGAACCAUGGUGCUUAAUCGAGAUACAAUUGGCAUUUGAAGAAGAUAGAAGGGUAAUUGAGCCAAGAGGCAUAAAAUCGAAUAUUAAACAAUUGUCUGAUGAACAAAACGAAGCUGUAGAUAACUUAGUAGAUUCCUUGACUCUUCCUGAUAUCGAAGAUAAUUGUGAAGUGGACGGUAGUCAACAUUUCCUACCAGGAUGUGUACCGAACCCUUCAGUACAGCGCUUCUUUCACGUGUUAUCGUCUCGUGCUCUGGAUCCAAAGAAACCAUUGCAGGCAAUGGAUGAUUAUAUGAACGAAGUUAUGGUAAUGCUAUCGAUAAAAGAAAAAGCGCAUCAGAGUUUAAAGAAGAUCUCACAAGUGUUUCGCCUGAAUCAAGAAAAGAAAUCAAAAUCAACAACUGGAAAAGAAAUAGGUGAGGAUACUGAGACCAGUAGUAAGAAAGAAGUUGAGAUAAAAGAGAGCGUUGAAAGUAGCAUCGAAAUUCCCACAUUAAAAGCAGAUGUCAUGGACGUUGAUCUAGACGAACUGGCUGCCAACAUUUAAUAUCGACUAUGUGUAUCUCAAUAUUUGCAUUAGAGUUAUUCCAAGCGGAAAUGUUUAAGAAUUUUCAAUUAAGGAAAACAAGAUAAGUUAUUUUUUGGCAAUCUAUUAUUGUAUGGAAAUAAGCAAACGUGUGUUUUCUAAAUGAUAAGUCUAAGGCCUUCCAAGUAUUAUAAGAUCUAAUGUUUCCUAAAUAUAAUUGAACAAGAUUUUUAUCUUUCUCCUUUCCUUGGGUAGAAAUUUUAAACACUGUCGAUUUGGUGUAAUUUCGUCAUCAUAUAAUAAAACGCCAGGAAACAAAUCAAA